UUCAACUUGUAACUAGUUAUUAAAACGGAGAAGCGGCGAUUGAUCCUGGCGUUUUUUUUUGGCGGAGUCAGUCGUGGUCCCAUACGAUGAUCCUGACCGGGCGGAGACUAGCUCCUCCCCCCACAACAGUACUCUCCAGGCGGUGUGCUUUGAACUUUGUUGUCGGCGGGGCUGCGGAAGAAGAUCCAUCUCCCGCCGGUCAGCAGGACUUCGGCUUUGUUCAUGGAGACGCUCCGCGGCUGUGCGUGGACAGAGGAGCUGUGCGGAACGAGCUGAUGAUCUCACCUCGUACGAGCUUUGCCGUCUCACCCUCCGCCAUGCGCCUCCUGGUCCUGGUCCUGGUCCUGCUUCAGCUCGCCUCUGUGGACGCGGCGUGUCCACGACAAUGCGAGUGUUCCGAGGCGGCACUGACGGUGAAGUGUGUCUCCAAAGACCUGCGAGCUGUUCCGGCAGGGAUCCCGGGCUACACCAGGAACCUGUUCAUCACCGGCAACCAGAUCAGCAGGCUCGGACCUGAGUCCCUAAGAGGACUGGAGAACCUCGUCAACGUGACCCUCAGCAACAACAGGAUUUCACAGGUGGAGUCUAACACCUUCGCUGGCCUCGUCAGCCUCCGCUCCCUGGAUCUAAGCAACAACCAACUGACGGUGAUUCACCCUGAAGCCUUCACAGUCAUGAACCAGACUCUGCGCGAGUUGAACCUGAGCCGAGCCCUCUACAACCACUCGUCUGUUAUGGACCUGGCCACUUCUCUGCGCUGGAGCUCCUUGAGGUCCCUCCGGGGACUGGACCUAUCCAACAAUGGCCUUAUCUUUCUACCUCCACGGAUGUUCUCCCACUUGACUAACCUGCAGCGACUCCAGCUUUCCAACAACUCUCUGGUGGCCAUCCACAACACCACGCUGUCCGGCCUGGAACACCUGCAGGAGCUGGAUCUGACCCUCAAUUCUCUCAAGUAUGUGCCGGAGGAGGGUCAACGUGAGCUCAGUUCACUUCCAAGGGUGGAGCUCUUGCUGGCAGAGAACCCCUUUACAUGUACCUGCGGGAUCGAGCCAUUCACUCUUUGGCUGAACCGAUCGCAGGAACACAUUCGGGAUGCAGACAAGCUGGUGUGUGCAUUCCCAGCGAGCAUGAGGAACACGUCCUUGCUGUCUGCUGGUAUGUUGAUUCUAGGAUGCCCCCAGAGGGAUGUUGGUGCAGACCUGGCUUUGCAGACGUCUUACGUGUUUCUGGGAAUCGUCCUGGGCCUCGUUGGACUGGUUUUCCUCUUUGUCCUCUACCUCAACCGCAAGGGCAUUAAGAAGCGGGUCUAUGACAUGCGGGAUGCCUGCAGGGAGGUUUGGGAGGGCUACCACUAUCGCUUUGAGGUAGACUCGGACCCGAGACUUUCACAAGUCUCAACUAAUGCGGACAUUUGAACAGACACGUAUUUCCACAUACUAACAUAGUGUGAGGACAUUAAUGUUCUCUCUCUCACGGAUGGAGGAGUUGACCUUCGUAAUGUAUUUAAAGUUGGUCUGACACUGUACCGUUUCAGAGUUUAGUUUUCAGAAAUAUUUGCGCAGAGAGAUUGUACAAUUACACCAGCGUUGUUUCCUCCUCAAACAGGGAUCUGAUUUGGGUUUACUCAAGUGUCAUUUGGAAAGGCAGCUGCAGAGGAGACUCCCUCAGCUGAAGAGGACACGCAGGGACACACCUUGUCACGGCCAGCAUGCCGUUGUCGUUAUUUGUUUCAUAACCAUUCGCGGGCAACGCUUUGCUGAGCUACAAUAUCGUUAACAUCACAAUAUUUGCUUGUUUAAGCAUAGGUACAUAUUUGCUAUGAAGUGGUACCGGUGGUAUGGACUGCCAUGUGGCUCUCAGUGGUUGACAGGCUGAGGAAGCACCACGGAGGAGGACUAGAAAUUAAUUGUACUUGUGUAUCCUCUGCAAGUCAUCUGAGUCAUACACACUGACCAGUGCCUGCUUCGAGAUUAUUUUGCAUGACAUGUAGAUUGAUUCAGCCACUAGCUUGUUGAGGAAUCAAGCUUUUACUAACCCUAACUGUAAGAAUUUCAUUCAAACCUUCAUUGCAUGUAUCGCAGUCUGAGCUGCAGCUUUUGGUUUCCAAGACACAGCAUAACUCUCCAAUAGUUAACAGCUGACAGUCAGCUCAGUGAUCUUCCCUCAUCAAACGUUUAACAGUGGAGCCACACGAUGUGGGCCGUCAAUCUCAUUCCAAUAUUCGUGACUAUUCUUGUGACAUUAGGACUUUAAGGUGUUAAUAGAUGAAUGGGCAACGGACAUGCAUUCUAACUCAAAGUGUAUUUUAUCUUUGUUGCCUGUAAGAAAACCUGGGUUCCCCCCCGCAGGGUUAAAUAAAGUCAUUUUGAUUUACAACAUCAUGUCAGACUGAGUAAAUUGCUUGACUUAUUUGGGUAGAAACUAUGUAACAGCACUGUGUGUGUACGUAAAUACUGUAUAUGUAUGUGUGGGGACUCGCUGCAUCGGACCAGCAUACAUUCUCUCCACAGCAUUUGACGGCCAACACCGGCGUGUGACAGUUGUGGAGAGUUUGGUGGCCUCUGGUUCACUCAUUUUUAAUACUGGAAACUUUCAAUGAUGACACUGGUCGACUCUGGGUUUCUGGGUCGGUGUUUGUUUUAUUAGAUGGAGUGGUCCUCAUAGGUUUCCUGACGCAGCCGUCUGCCUUGGUUCAUAUCCACACAUGCAGUGUUGCCAUACCGUGCUGAACAUAGUUUUAUGUGCCAAACCUGGACAAACCAAAGAAUUACAUCCCAGACAACCAAGCAUGUCACCACCGCUAAAUUAUGAUUGUGGCUCCAACAAUAAUCCAAGGCAGUCGAGCAACAUCAGUGUGUGAUGCUUUGGUCAGUUUAUUGGGGUGAACGAAGUGAAAUGGUUGGAGCACAGAUGUAGCUGGCUUUCUGCUAACAUGAUUUGUGCACUGACAUGUGGAUGGUGGGUUGAAUGUUUUUGCUAAAGUCAUCCUUGAAUCCUAAAAAGCCCUCCUGGGUCGUUACAUAGCUGAAAUCCUGAUUUCUCGUCUGUGUUCCGGGCCGAAGUCGCCAGUGAGGAAACAAGCCUCUGACUGACCUGCGAGGCUCGGGGAGGCAAGUCUCCGCGCCAUUCUUUUUAUGGCUUUCUUGAGUUUUAUUGUCAGGAUGAUGAGAACCAGUUGCUGGAAGGUGAAGAUUCCAUGUGACUCCACAUGUUCCCCUCACCAGGAAGCGCUUUUGUUCCCUUGAUAAGAUACAGAUGAUUCAGAAUCUCCAGCCUAUUGUUUUCAUUCCCACUCUGACACUCACUUCAUCUUGGAGCUGAUUAGAACUGUCAGUGAAAGGGCUCUUUGCUGGAAAUGCUUUCUGAAGACCCCACUGUACUUCUGCUGUCACGGGGGGCUAUUGUGGGGCUGUCGUCGCCCAGAUGAAGCAUGUCAUUGCAGCCUGCAUGGCUUCAAGACAAAAUCCAUAUCACUGUUGUAUUUGAGUGAAGAUUUCAAAAAAUGUCGACAGUGUCAGUUAUAUAGGCGUCAGUUAUAUCUUCAUAACGCAGAGCAUACAAUGACAUCACACCUUUGAUGGUCAGCUUAAAACUUAGCUCUUGACACAUUAACAACUUGUGGCAGAAAAAUGAAAGGAGCAGGGCGAGUUGGAAAACGCAGCAGUCAAAAUGAAAAAAGGCAACACAGUGUGGAGUGGAGAGCGGAAGGUGGGCACACUGGACAUGCACGCUCACGUUGGGGAGAAAGUGAGAACACAGAAAUGAACCAACCUUUACUGUGCCCUUCACUAUUAUGUCACGCAGCGCUGCAGCCAUUAGUCACCAUCUUCAUUCACAAAACGGCUUGUGCUCUUCGGGAACAGAUCGGCGGCUCAUGUUUCCUCUGGUUCUGUUUUUCAUCAAACUUGGCGUUGUCCGUUUAGACAGUCACUGACGCAGAGGCUGCUGCAGCUGAGGAUUCAGAGCACCAUAUUGAGAAUGACGUCUCAGCUUCUCCCUCAAAUAUGCUGUGUUAUGCUAAACAUACAGCUAGGUGAUAUCAGCUCCAGUUUCCACACAGUGUUGUGUUAGAGGCAGAAGUCAGAUUGGGUGAGCAUGGCAAAAUGGGGAGGGAGUAUCUGUGGUUUGAUCUGCCCUCCAACUUCAUGAGAAGAAUAAAAAAG